AUGGAUCCGCUGUCUAUCACAGCUUCGAUCAUCACCCUGAUCGAGGCAUCGGGUAUCCUCACAAAGUCCUUGCAUGGCUUCAUUCAUGGUCUGAAGACGGUGGAUGCCAGGGUCACUAGGCUCUGUGAGGAGCUCAAGAACCUGACAAAUCUGCUGGAAGCAGUGGAAGGAGCCUUGAAAGAUUGCCGAUCCUACGACCUUGCAAAGGUUGAAGAAGACCUGCUGCAACAAAGCGAUAUCGCGCUUGCAGACUGCCAGACUACCCUGAAUGACUUGAAGAUGCUCAUCGAGAGAAUCAAGAAGGCGGCAGGCUCUCGAGCUCUUGGAUGGAAGAUCAAAGCCAUGUUCGACCUCUCAGUCCAUGGCAAUGAAUUAGUGGCAUUCCAAGAGAAGAUUCACAAGUCUAAUGGGGCUUUGCAGACGAUAUUUCACACCAUCACUGUAUCGCUUUCUCUCAAAAGCAAAAUGUCCCACACUCUGAUCAUGGACGAAUUAUUCAGAUUGAGGCAGUCUAUCGACCGAGCUCAUGAAAUUUCGGCAAAGCCAUCCGAAGUGUUUACGCACAGCUUCAGUCGCCUAUCCGACGCAAGACUUUCUAGAAACCUGAAGGCUCUGGCGAAAGCGGCCGAUGGCUUUUACUCUACUGCAAGCUCAUCUGCCGGCACAUCCCGGGGAGACCGCAGCGAAAGAACCUGGAAACCCUCGUCAUCCGCCGGUUUCAGUGGGCCAGGUCAUCUUUCAUCGUUCCAGCGAGAAAGAAUAGAGCGAUUCAUCGUCGACGGUCGAACUCGAAACGGAUCCAUGACUCCACAGCUGCUUCCGCAAGUAAAUACUUCGUUCCACAACCCGUCACCUCCAGAAACUUGUUUUUCGCCAGUCAAAAGCAAUCCUCCAGCUCCAGAUGACGGGGAUGAACUGAAAAGUCUGGAAGUUGCUGCUAGUGGAGACGACAAACCAGAAGAAGAAGAUGAAGACGAUGAUGAUGACGAAGCUGCGUUCAGUAGGGAAUACAUUCUCUGCAUUCGCCAGAUUGCGAUUGAGAGCAUCAAGGCUCGAGACUUCACCAAAGCUGGCGACCUAUUGGAGAAAGCUCUCGCACGAUGCGAGAAAGCUACCGCAGACAAGGAGGAGUACUGCCAGAGUAGCUACAUCUCGAUGCGCAGCCUCAAGGUCCAGCUUGCCAUUUGUUACUUCUUCCAGGGCAACUGGAAGUUAGCUGAACCUGUCGUUAUGGACUUGGCCUCUUCCAAGUCCAGUAGGGAUAGUGUGGUGUGCAACUUAUUGCAUGCUCUGGCACUUGCGUACUUGUCUGAGUAUUCCUUUGACAUAGCUCUUGACACCUGCAAGCAAGCACUCAGGGGACACGCACGAUUAUCCAAGCUACGCAAGACCGAUGUUAUCAUGCAAGACUUGAACAAUAGUUUAGGGUUGUUGGCUACGACGUACGAUAUGACUAGCGACUACCUCAGCGCAGAAGUCUUUCGACGCAGGCUAUCACCGGGAUUCAAGUACCGGCAUCCGGCCAAUGUUGCGGAUUUCCUUCAAAACCACUCCGACUUUCUCACUGCGGCUUUGGGCCCGUAUACCCUCGAUCCAGCCUGUGUGGUUCUACCAGACUCUCCGAUAGGACAGCCCAGUGAGCAGGAUGCCACCACGAGCUCACCAUCUGAACAGGAGGUGUCACAAGUCCGAUGGGAUGGCUGGGGGACCAUCAACCAUCUGCCCUCGAAUCUACGACUCAACAUGGCAAAUCACCGUCGGCUCGAAGUUGAUACGAGCAAAAUAGUAGUCGCACAUUCGAGAUCGUGCACCAUCGAAGGCCAUACAGUCGAUGAGAGUUCGCCGACGGAAACAAUCCCGACAAGCCCUGCGACAACAGCAUCUUCACCUAAUACCACACCUGAGAGUUCUCCUGUGUAUGGUCGAAUCGCUCGUUCAUUCAGUGCCAUGGGGUUGAACAGGUCAAUAGCUAGGCCAGAGCCUGGUCUUGGCACCGUUUCCGAGCUAUCACUGCCAUGCGAUUCUCGCCGACAAAGCACCCGAGAUACCAGACUGCCUCUGCGUUUGAACCGAGAGACCUGGAGUGCAAUCGAACUGGAACGCCCUGCAAUGCUUCCAGCGGCAAGGCAUACAGAAAGGUGGGCAUGGAUAAGAAAUUGGCGGAUGCCUCAAUCCGACGGUGUGCUCGAGGAGAGACGCCGGCCUACCAAGCUCCAGAGACGAUCUGCGACUCGAGUCCCGGGGCGAAGUGUGACUGUUGGCGAGUGGUUCACUCCCGCAAAAUGGUUCCGUACUGGUCGAACCGUUUUGAGACAGGCAAGUUCCUAUCAUCGCGUUGUAGUAGCUGCGGAACCCCGGCGUAUGCCUGCCGGACCAGGAUUCCCAGAACUCAACGGCAAUGCUGUAUCGGAGCUGGGAAUUACUAGUCGUACUCCGGAGCUCGAACAGCAUCAGUCGUCGCCAAUCUCAGCUACACCUCAACAGGUACAUUUCUACGUAUCACACUCUCGAGACAGAUCAAACGCAACGGCACUUACGGAAGUCCGUGAGCUGGAUGCAACCCCGGCGAUCUCAUGCGUGUCAAACAAUGCUACCCAGAUAUAG